AUGGAAACUUUAACUCAUUUUGCUACUACUCUUCUCUUUAUGUUUCUCUUUCAUUCCAUAAGAGGUUUAAAUUCAACCACAUUUACUAUUGUAAACAAGUGUAGCUAUCCCGUUUGGCCGGGAGUUUUGUCCGGUUCAGGGACGGCACAGUUAGUAUCGACUGGUUUCGUCCUACAAGCGGGCGAAACCAAUGUUAUAGCUGUGCCUACGGCUUGGUCAGGCCGCAUAUGGGGACGAACAUUAUGCUCAACAGACUCCGCUGGCAUAUUCUCGUGCGCAACCGGAGAUUGUGGUUCCUCCAAAGUAGAAUGCACCGGCAGUGGCGCAGUUCCACCGGCGACACUUGCGGAGUUCACGUUAAACGGUGCAGGAGGGAUGGAUUUCUACGACGUCAGUCUUGUAGACGGUUACAACCUUCCCAUGACUAUUGAACCGCGUGGCGGCGGCGGUAACUGCACGACGACGGGUUGUACGGUGGACUUGAACGAAGCGUGUCCGACGGAGCUGAAAGUGAGAGUUUCAGUGGAAGGAGAAGAGAGCAGUGAGAAGAGCGUGGCGUGUAAAAGCGCGUGUGAAGCUUUUGGAGAUCCGUUUUAUUGUUGCAGUGGCGCUUAUGCAACACCGCAGACAUGUAAACCAAGUGCAUACGCGCAGUACUUCAAGAACGCGUGCCCACGCGCCUAUAGCUAUGCUUAUGAUGAUGGAACUAGCACCUUCACUUGUUCUUCCGCGGAUUACUUCAUUACUUUCUGCUCUACACCUUCCAAAAGUAAGUUGAUAAAGUCAGGAGGGAAUGGAAAAUUCCCAUUUGGAGUGGACAUAUGGGCAGGUGACGGGAACGGGCAUGGCGAUGAGUCAACAGGCAAGGUGAUGAUCACAUUAGUAAUUGGCGCUGUUCUAACGACAAUCUUGUGA